CCCCUGUUUGAUUGACUGCAGGGAGGAGAGAAGAAUCUCCGCGGCUAGCGAUAGCACUAGGCUACACAAACAUAAAUCUAUUAUAAUAUUACUCCAAUAAUCAGUCAAACCAGGAGUGUUGUUCUUUUAGGAUCAACGAAAGAGGACUUCGAUUUUGUCGUACAGACUGUUUUUUUGCUCAUCGCCAGACGGAGAGAGGGUAAAAAACGAGGGACUAAUUCCAAAAAGAGGAAAAGCGGCCUAUUUUUGUUCCUGAUAUCUUGCAAGUUUGCGCGGCCGGUGUAAAUAUUCUCAGCUUUCACGAGUGCUUAUUUUUGCUACAUAAACAAAGAAUAACACAAUAUAUUUUCACUCUCCACUAACCAGUACCUCUUACAGUCUACCCUCUCAUUAGUUACUAUCUGGCGUUCGCUAAGUACGCUAGCGGGAGCCGAGGCGGCCUGUUUUGUUUUCGCAGCGUAGCCGCCAUGAACCGUGGACAAUAACAGAAUCCGUGGUGUUCUUUAGGUGUCGGUGCGGACGUGCCCUGAAUAUGCAGGCCAGAGGUAGAGGGUCCAGCUGUAAUUAAACAAUUGGAGGAAAAUGCAAGUAAGGAACGUGGAAACGGGGAGCUUACACGAAUAAGAGAAACAGCCCUAUUUGAAUUUGGUACGACGGUGACUACAUUGCCUAGCAGUGGAUAAUUGGAGGCCGGAGUUAGAGAAAGAGCGCCACCACACCAAGAGACUGUAUUGUUGUUGAAUCAUAACUCACCCAGUGAGUGCUGCUCGUAACACGGAUCGCGUGGAAGACAAGUGAACGGGCGUGGAUGAAUUAUUUUCAUUUUGAAUCAAGUUUUUCUCCUGAUUUUAUUUUUGUGUAUGCACGGAUUUACAGUUAUAUCUUUAUGUCAUGAUGAUCAUAUGGGCAUAUUUCGUGCCGUGGAAAAGGGGAAAGCGUUAAAGAUGGAUUGGUUGUGAUUAUGAUGUUAUACUCGUGUUGCCACGAACAUAGACUUCACAUUUGUAUGUUUGAAACUGUGAUUUAUAUCACAAAUAAAUUUGCCUAUUUGGUGCGUAGAAUCGUACUGGCACUAUUUUGGCUGUCAAGUUAAGCUAGCUAACUAGCACUGUUAGUACAUCACCUCAUCUAUGCCCUCGACACAGCUCGCCUGCCCCCCGCCUUCUUUGGACAGUAAUAGAACGGGCAAGACGGGAGUCGCAAGCCCCUUCUCCGUUUAACGGGUGCUACUGGACUUUCACCAGAGCACCUGUGCAUGUGUUUUUGUUCGUUUGUGUUUUUUAUUUCUCGGACUGGAUGUUUCUGUCUUUUGGCUGCUGAGAUGAACCCGGUGAAUGCGACCACUCUGUACGUGUCCGCGUGUCGUUCGGUGCUGCAGUGCGACCCUCGCGAACCCCGGGCCCUGGCAGAGCUUUAUAAGCUGCUCCCGUUUUUCCGCCAGUCGCUGUCCUGCCUUGUGUGCGGUAACCUACUGCAGGACCCCAUAGCGCCCACUAACUCCCAGUGUCAGCACUAUGUUUGUCUGGGAUGUAAAGGCCAGAGGAUGCUACUCAAGCCGUCCUGCUCCUGGUGUAAGGACUACUCCCGCUUCCAGGAGAACAGACAGCUCUCCUUAUUGGUCCAUUGCUACAGACAGCUCUGCCUCUACAUCGCCCAGUCACCUCUCGCCCCGCACAUUGCCAGCGCGGCUAGCGAUUCGCCUGACCUCCUUGCCAUCCUUAACGAGGGCUUGUCGUUGGCCGAAAGCGAGCAGGAAGGGGAGGACACUGCGGACUCUGCGAGCCAGUCACCGCCCGCUGCCCCCUCGACGUCUGACCUCAGACUCGAUGAGGUUCCUGUUGCAGAGGAGAGACAGGAGGCGGGACUUAGCCCUGUGGGUGCGGUUAACGGGCUACAUGACUGUAACGGCCUGGCCAAUCAGGAAGUGCCGCCACCUGUCACCUUAGCAACGGGCGGGGGUGUUCUAAAGCAGGAGAACUUGGCAGACGACCUUCCCGUGUGUGUUGGAGUGGUAGGCGGUGGGGAGGCAGGACUUUGUGACAUCAGCACGUUUGGGGAGGAGCUUAAUAAAGAUGGCGGAGGUCCGUUGUUGUUGAGCGUGGAGGAGGUUCUUAGGACCCUGGAGCCCGAACCUGACCCUGAACAGCCGGACCACCAGCCCCAGCUGGACUGUCCCCCUGUACCCCCCCACAAUGGAUCAUACUGCCCUCCCACCCCCGACUCCCCUCACCUCACGCCCUCACUUCCCCCGGAUAACAUCCCUAGACAUCCCCCGCCUCCCCCCCAGCCCGCCCCUGCUCUGUCACGCCUCCCCCCUCGCUGCCAUCGCAAGCGUUCACGUUCGGAGAGCGACAGUGAGAAAGUGCAGCCCCUCCCCAUAGCCAGCAUCCUCCGGGGCCCCCCUCCAGGUCCCACCAACCCCCCGCACCUCACCAACCCCGGAGCCACGGUCAAACGGGAGCCCAAACUCCCCUCCGCCAUCACCCCCCCUCAUCUGGCGCCCGUACCCAACGGGGGGCCUCCCAAGAUUAGCAAGACUCUGCUGGUGUCCAAGGGCCUCAAGAAGACCCUGGAGCACCACGGGGGCCCCAAAAAGGCCUACGCCAAGGUCAGGCAGGGAACCCCGAAGCCCCGCGCCCAGCCCCGUGACCGCCUGCCCCCCCAUGGCCACGCCCAUCCUCUGUCCCACCCGCCCAGCCCCUCAAAGCCUCUGUACAAAAAACCAGUGGAGAAAAAGGGCUGUAAGUGUGGCAGAGCCACUCAGAACCCGUCUGUUCUCACCUGCAGGGGGCAGCGUUGUCCCUGCUACUCCAACCGCAAGGCAUGUCUGGACUGUAUCUGCCGUGGCUGCCAGAACUCCUACAUGGCAAAUGGGGAGAAGAAGCUGGAGGCGUUCGCGGUACCGGAGAAGGCUCUAGAACAGACUCGCCUCACCCUCGGCAUCAACCUCACCUCCAUCACGGCUGCGGCCCUGCGCAGCCCGGCAACCAGCAACACCCCGCACGGGAACCAGCUUAUAGCCACAGCGACGGGAGCGUCGGGGGUGACGGGGGUGUCGUUUCUGUCCGGGGUUGGGGCGGGACAUGAGGACAGGGGGUUUGACGAUACGCUGGACAUGGGGUUCGAAUGUUGAAGACAUGCCAUACUUGGACCUUAUUGACCAAUGGGCUGUGCCGAGAGGAUCUGGAGGGCAGGGUUAAGAAUAAGGCAGCUACUGUGACGGGCAGGACGAGGAGUGACUAAGAGACACAAACACUCCAUCCAGCGCCCGGAACGUGCUUUUUGGUCUUACGUACCGAUGACGGAGAGGGAUAUCGUUACUGUAUGUUCAGAGAUUUCAUUUUGGGGGUGGGGGGGUGGGGGUGGGGGGAAUUAGAAGUUUUGUUUUGUACUAUCAGUGAUGUAUUUGCCUGCUAUGGGGUCCUGUGUGUCAGAGGGAGGAUUGGUUCAGAGAUAAGUGUCCCAAAUGGCACCCUAUUCCAUGGUCUGUUCACAACUUUUGGCCACGGCCUCGGUCUGCUAGAUUGGAAUACGGCGUUGUUUGAGACUGGCCCGAUGCCCAUUGGCUUGAGCCAGCCGCAGGUGGACAUCAGUAGGCCGGCUGUAAUUUAUAAACUUUUGUUUUUGUACACAAAACUUAUCAAAUUCCAUUUAAGAGGAUGUUUUAUGAUGAUACAUUUUAUAAGUUACAUUAACAAACAAACAUUUGCAGUAUUUAUUGGACGUCACCUAACCUAGGUAGCGGUGGGCCACGCCCACUCCAGCUGUCAGCCUAUCAGAUCCGGUGUGGGCGGUUGUCUGUCUAAAAUGAUGUCGCUGUCCUGUUAGUGCUAGUUUCUGCUGUCUCCAAUUGUCGUUUUGUUUUCCCUCGGGGCAUUUAAAAAUCUGUAAUAUAAGUGUAACAUAUUUCCACAAAAAAGAAAAUCAAAACCUAACUUGUUGUGUGUUUCUCUUAACCAUAUCAGGCUAUUUAUAGACCAUUAAGAUGAAAAUGUACUUUGCACAAGGUUCUUCACAUUACGGUGGUUCUCAACUGGUUUUCCCUCAAAACACUAAUCGAAUCAGGUUUUUUAGUUGUCACCCGGUAUUCACUUAGCAAUUUUUUGUGUAAAUGCAAACUUCUUUUUUUUUUUGCUGUGUUUUUAUUUUAAUGCUAACUUUUGCUAUAUUGGUUCUUAGUGUUGCAAUUAUAUUAAACAAGGGAACAACA